AUGGCGGAGGAAUGGCUUUACUGGCCAACGUCCCAAGGUGGUCUCGGUCUCCCAGAGACAUCGUCGUUCAGCCAUGCUGUCCAGCUUUGCAGUCUUCGUGACGCCAUGAGGGAAGUUGAUGCAACGCACGUUGUCCCUCGCUGGUUUGCCGCCGCCUUUCAGCUCUUCUCGGCGCCUCUCCGUUACGGUGGUCAGGAGUUCGAUCUCCUGUACGCCCCUAUCCCGGGAGGCCUUACGUUGUCCAAGCACUGGAUGGAUAUCGGCCCCUUCUGGAUCGACCCUCUUCGUGCUUGGCACUCACUCGUCGUCCGUCAUUGCACGCUGUCUGACUUCGAUUGGGCCAUCGUUGAGCUGCCAUAUUGGCAGAACCACUUCCUUCGUGCCAACGCCGCGCGCCGAAUCACCGGGCCUGCUUCGAUCAAUGCUUUUCAGUUUAUUGCGGCUGGGUACACCCGCGCUCAGGACUUUGUGGACCGUCAUGGCGCGUACCCGACGGCAACAGUGUGCAAGUCCGUCCUUGAUCCAGCCCACUUUACCGUUCGUGCUCAGUGGUCCGGUGCUGCUGGGCACUUUAGCCGGCAGGUGGCUGCCUUUCUUGGCCUUGAUCUUGACGCCUCUCCUCUGCUGGCGCCUCGUCUCCAGGAGCUCAGUUUGCGGCUUCUCACGGGUGGCUUUUCGGUGCCGUCGUUUUUCUUGAGGGCCGUAACCACGGAUUCUACCGUCUGCUUCACUCUCGGCCUCCCAUACCACGACCGCCGCAUACUCCUCUCGGAAUUUUAG